UCCCAUUUUCACACAAAAGGCUAGAAGUGGACCAGCAAGAACGCCAAUGUCCAUCAGGACGUGUGUGUGUAUUAAUUAGGUGUAGGCGUGAGGAAUCAAAGAAUGAAUUAGGAGCGUCGCUGAGUCGGCAGACAGCUGCUGAGUCUGCACUUUGGUGGCGUGGCGAGCAUGUGGAAGAGGUGGAUGCCAGGAGAAGAUGCAAGUGAGCGGGAGGACGACGAGGGCGGGAGAAGCGGCGGGACGCUCCCGACCCAGCAUUGAGCCUUGAACCCAUGAACCGGACUAGUAGCGCCCUGCUCGGCCUCCCCCCUCCUUCCUCUCCUCCUCCUCCCCCUCCUCCUCAUCCUACUUCGUCUUUCUCAAGUCACUUCAGCACCAUGAGGUUCUCCUAUCACCUCAGCAACAGCGCUGCUAGCAGGACAGGUUCCCCGUCCUCUUUGAGUCCUAGCUUGCUGGCAAAGGGUCUCUCUCUUGAGACUUCUUGUGGCCCUCAGCAGUCCACCUCCUCCUCCUCAACUCCCGCCUUGAUCCAGGAGGAGGAGGUCAAUGACACCGGACCGCCGCAAUUUAGUAAGAGUCGGCCUCCUUUGCUUGGACCGAAGCCUCAAGUUCCACCCAAGCCAUCCCACUUGCAGCAUCAGGCAGGGGCGUUGAGGACCCGACCACGUGCACCAGACAAGCCACUGCCACCUCCGCCACCCUGCAAGCCCCCCCGCAGCGAGGACCAUGCUUCGCCCACCUGUGUUCUGUCACUUAUCGAGAAGUUUGAGCGCGAGCAGAUCAUUAUGGUUCCUGACAUCACCGGGGUAGCUAUGUGUCCCCGCCUCCUCGACACCCCCUUAUCGCAACCUUCAUCACCACCGUCAUCAUUGUCGGUCCCCGCCCUCCUUGAGCAGGAGGGUCUUCCCGAGCUGAAAAGUCAUGAUGAUGUUCAGCAGGAAAGUGAGGGGACGGAGGAACAGGUGUCUCUGGAGAUGAGCGAAUGUCUGCCACCUGAGCAAUCAGAUCUGCCGCUCAAACAAUCGGAUGUGCUGCCUGAGCAAACGCAUCUGCCACUCGAGCAAUCAGAUCUGCCACCAGAGCAAUCGGAUGUGCCGCCCAAGCAAUCGGAUGUGCCACCCGAGCAAUUGGAUCUGCCGCCCGAAGAAUCGGCUAUGCCGCCCGAGCGAUUGGAUCUGCUGCCAGAGGAAUUGGAUCUGCCGUCCAAGCAGUCAAAUCUGCUGCCAGAGGAAUUGGAUCUGCCGUCCCAGCAUUCAAAUCUGCUGCCUGAGCAAUCAGAUCUUCCACCUGUGCAGACAGAUCUGCUGCCAGAACAAUCAGAUCUGCUGCCACAUGAAUUGGAUCUGCCAGCCAUGCAGUCAAAUCUGCUGCCUGUACAAUCAGAUCUUCUGCCCGAGCAAACGGAUCUGCCGCCAGAGCAAUCAGAUCUGCCACCAGAGCAAUCGGUUCUGCCGCCAGAGCAAUCGGAUAUGCCACCCGAACAAUUGGAUCUGCCACCCGAGCGUUUGUCCCUCCCCUCCUCACAGACUGAUGGCAAGCUGGCCAAUCGCGACAGCGGCAUUGACAGCAUUAGCUCGCCGUCACACAGCGAGGAACUCUGCUUUGUUGGCGUGGACGACGGUGGUAGCGGCAUUUACUCUUGCGGCCUCCCUCGGCUCUCCAGCUCCUCUUCAUACGCCGGCGAGGGAGAGGAGGGUGAGGUGAGGUGCAUGGCCAGGAGGAGGGACUUCUCGGAGGAUGUAGACAGUGACCUAGAGGAGGAGGAGGAGACCGAGCUUACCUUGGUUCUUCCAGCCCCCAGACAAGACUUGACUGAGUUGUCCGUUCAACAGAGGGUGUUCAAUAUUGCCAAUGAGCUUAUUCACACUGAGAUCUCCUACGUGUCCAAACUCCAUCUCCUGGAUCAGGUCUUCUGCGCUCGACUCUUGGAGGAAGCACGCUCCCGCUCUUCUUUUCCAUGUGACGUAAUUCAUGGAAUCUUCUCCAACAUCUGCUCCAUCCACUGCUUUCACCAGCAGUUUCUACUUCCGGCUCUGCAGAAACGCAUGGAGGAGUGGGACUCAAACCCACGAAUUGGAGACAUCUUGCAGAAGCUGGCACCCUUCCUGAAGAUGUAUGGAGAGUACGUUAAGAACUUUGACCAUGCCAUGGAGCUCGUAAACACGUGGAUGGAGAGAUCGGCUGUGUUCAAAUGCAUUAUACAUGACAUCCAGAAGGAUGAGCGCUGCGCCAACCUGACGCUCCAACAUCACAUGUUGGAGCCGGUCCAAAGGAUUCCUCGAUAUGAACUCCUGCUUAAAGAUUAUCUGCACCGCCUGCCAGUUGACGCACUGGACUACAAGGAUGCACAGAAGUCUCUAGAGCUCAUCGCCACAGCAGCAGAACAUUCCAACGCUGCUAUUAGGAAAAUGGAGCGAAUGCGGAAGUUGCUGAAGGUCUAUGAACUCCUGGGUGGCGAAGAAGACAUUGUAAACCCGACCAAUGAGCUCAUCAAAGAAGGACACAUACUAAAACUAUCCAACAAGAACGGCACAACGCAGGAUCGUUACCUCAUUCUGUUCAACGACAGGCUGCUCUACUGCGUUCCCAAACUGCGUCUGAUUGGUCAGAAGUAUGGUGUCCGUGCUCGAAUCGAUGUGGAUGGCAUGGAGCUGAAGGAAACAAGCAGCGUAGCAGUUCCUAGGACCUUCCUGGUGUCAGGCAAACAGCGGUCACUUGAGCUGCAGGCCAGGACAGAAGAUGAGAAGAAAGACUGGAUCCAGGCCAUCCAGGCCACAAUCCAGAGACACGAGCACACCAUGGAGACAUUCCGUCACCUGACUUGUUCCCUCCGAGAUGAUGAGUCCACACCCCCCCACUCUCCGAGUUGUGCCGAGCUGGGCAAGCGUGCGCCAACGCCCAUUCGCGAGAAGGAAGUGACGCUGUGCAUGAAGUGCCAGGAAGCGUUCAAUGCCCUCACCAGGAGACGCCACCACUGCAAGGCCUGCGGUCACGUGGUUUGUGGGAAAUGCUCAGAGUUCCGUGCCCGCCUCUCGUAUGACAACAACCGCACCAAUCGCGUGUGCAUGGACUGCUAUGCCAUGCUGGUGGGUGUAUCCCCGCCGCCCUCCGUGGUGGCUGCAAACAACCAAAGGAGGCGCUCCAUCCUGGAGAAACAAGCCUCACUGGCAGCUGAGAACAGCGUCAUGUGCAGCUUCCUGCACCACAUGGAAAAAGGAGGCAGCCGGGGAUGGCAGAAGGCAUGGUUUAUCAUCCCUGAAAACGAACCCUUGGUGCUCUACAUCUAUGGUGCUCCUCAGGACGUGAAGGCGCAGCGUAGUGUUCCUCUGAUUGGUUUCGAAGUUUCACUCCCAGAGUCAUGUGACCGCCUGGAGCGUCGGCACACCUUUAAGAUUUCCCAGAGUCAUCUGACGCUCUACUUCAGUGCUGAAGGCGAGGACCUACAGCGCCGAUGGAUGGAUGUCUUGUCCAGGGCUGGCAAAGGGGAGGAGCCUGGGCUUCACCUGCCAAUCGUGGAAAGUGUGGAGGAAGAAGAGGAGGAGGAGCUGGAUGGGGCAGAGGGCGACAACACGUGAUUUGACUGUAUAAGUAGUGACGCCGGAGGGGGUGGGCAGACCAUUUUAAUUCUUUUAACCUGCAUGGACACUAAAUUGGGACAUUACCCUUGAGCCUCUGUACAGCUGUGAUGUCACAUGCUGUCUGAAAGCACAAACCUCCUGAUGGCGCCGUCUCGUUUUGAUGACAUCAUUACCCAUAUUGCCCUACAAAAGACUGUCAAAAAAGAAGUGCAAUGUCAAUGUGGCGUGGAUGUCCGGAUUGGACACGCUUGGAAGCAAUUAUGACUUUAUAGUGGCCAUACUUCAUUUUAAUUUCAGGCUUUUAGCUUUUGUCAUUUCAUUCCAUCUUGUGUCCUGAAAGAUUUUAUUUUGAAGGGGAGAGAAACAGACUGAAAAAAAAGAUGGCGGAAAUGCAGAGGAGAAACCCGUACUUACAACAAUUUGACAUUUGACCAUCAUCCUUUUCUUCCUCUUCUGGUCAUUUGAUAGUCAUUCUCUUCUUCCUCUUAUCAUUCUGAUGACUCGCUGUUUGAUAUUGUGUGUGGGUGUAUGUGUGUGCGCCUUUGGCCAUAGGUGGGUGGGUGUUGUUUACUUGAUACCAAACAUUCUUUGUAAACUUUGUAAAUAUUAUUUAUUCAUCUGCAGACACGUAAGUAAGUGUCAGAAGGAGGGAAGAAACCGCUAGCACCAAGCCUAACGUAGCAACUGACUAGCUUCCUUAACGGGAGCAAUGUCUUUGUGCUGAAAUAGGCUAUUCUUUGUGUGGAACUUUGACACCAUUUGUUAUUUAACUCAAUGGCUUCCACUGAUGCCGAUGGACAUUCAAUGCAUUUUAACUGUGAGACCGCUAACCUUUCCCAAUUCAAAUGGAUUGGAUGUCUUUUGCUGUCAGCGACAGCCAAUGAGUUAAGAUCACCACAUUUUUGAGAACUUCUUUGUUUUUUCAAUCUACUUUCCAACUUAGCUUUCACCAAGCCUUUUACUUGUGUUUUUAGGGCUAAGCCUAGCAUAACAACUGACUAGCUUCAUUGGGGGCCUUGCUCUUUGUGCUAAACUAGGCUAAUCUUAUUUACAAGCUUCGAUUCUCUUUGUUCAUUAAGAGCAACGUGUUUGUAUGAAAGUCUCAUUUUUUGUUGUUUUAAUUUUUAAACUUUUGCUUUCAGCAUGUGUUUUUAGCAUGUUGGGUUUAGCACUAAUCCUAGGUUAGCAACCUAGCAGCUUCCUUAGAGGAAGCAGGCACUUUGUGCUAAACUAGGUCAAUCUUUUCUUGUAACUUUGAUAGCGUUUGUUCAUGAGAUCAAGGUUUAUGUGUGAAAACCACUUUUUUUUGUUUGUUUGUUUUAUUUUCCACCUUGGCUUUCACUGCACAAUUUUAGCGUGUUGGUUGUACGGUGUGGUGAUGCUCUUCCCUCAAUAAUGUUAGAAGGAAAUGGC